AUGGACGCUGUGACGGCAACUUUGGCUGCCUUCUUGCCAACUCAGGCUGCGACUGAAUCUGCCAAAAAGUACGACUCCAUCAUAAAGGAGCAUAUCGGUGCUGUGAAGUCGCUGUUAUCCAACCAGCGCCAGGCCAUCAAUGAGAAUACAAGCCAAAUUCUACAGGGCAUCGACCCCUCAAUCGACUCCAUCGCAUUUCUAGCCAUCCUCCAUUCAUCGCUCUCAAGCCCAACUCCACCACCAGGCAUCGAUCGACGCACGCUUCUUGACGAGACCUUGAGAUUCCUUCUCAAUUUCAACCCCCUUCAGGUUCGAUAUGUUGGAGUGAUAUUUCGAAAGCUUCUCGAACAUGUCGCUGAAGGAAAGCUAUUCACAUCAGCAGUUUCUGUGGAGGCUGUAGCCAGUGCAUUAUUGCGACUCGAUCCCACUGGAAGUAUGUUCACAUCUACUCACUUGGCAUUGGUCAAGAUCGCCUAUCAGACCGCCUGGAUCGAGCCUGCAUUAAAGGUUUUGGAUUGCGACACCACUUUCUUCCCUGGCACGGUCGGCCAGAAAGACUCGAAGCCGCUUUGCGAUAGCAGCAUGCACUCAGCCGCAUUUAUCUCGGUCGAAACGGGUCUGACCGAGUCAGUGAAGAGCACUACUAUCUUGGAGUACUACCACCUGAGCGCGCUUUGCUACAUGACACAACGGGACUGGACGAAAGCCCAUCGAGCCCUCGAGCAUGUUAUCACAUACCCUUCUAAGGAUAAGGGAGUUGCCAAGAUCAUGGAUGAAGCAUACAAGCGAUGGCUGUUAGUUGGUCUGCUGAAGGAUGGAAAGGAGCCAACAUUGCCAUCAUAUACUUCCCUUCAUGCUAAAAACACUUACUCCACGCUGGGGACGCCAUAUAAGAACAUUGCCACCCAGUUUGCGACUACGAACGCAGGCCAGCUCAAGGCUGAUGCUGAGGCAAACCGUCUGGUUUGGGAGGAGGAUGGUACCUCGUCUCUAAUCGCAGAGGUGAUUGCAGCUUACCAAAAGUGGCAAAUCAUCAACCUUCGGGAUAUCUACAAGCGAAUAUCCAUCUCGCAAUUGCGCCAGUCCACCCUCUCUGCAGAGACAGGCGAGAAUCUUCCGGACGAUGACACAGCGAUACAAAUUGUACGAGAAAUGAUCGAUUCUGGCUUGUUAAAGGGCGACCUGGAGUCGAGUAACGACGGAAACGAGCUCUUCCUACAUUUCCACGACGAUAGCGAGACCAUGACAGAGGCGGAGUUUGCUCAGGAGAUUGCCCAGCGUUACCACAACAUUGAGAACCUAGGAAAACAAUACAAGGCAGCCAACGAACGACUAAGCAGCAGCAAGGAAUACGUUAAGCACGUUGUCAAGGAGCAGAGGCGGGCUGAUAAGGACUCGGGCGACCCUGGAGUUGGCUUCGAUUCUCAAAUAGAAGAUGAAGAUCUCAUGACAGGCAUCAUGGCACAUGGCUAG